CCACGCCGGACAAACCUCGGCGCGCGGCCGAGCCGGGGCGGGACCGGCAGUGGAACGGCCCCGCCCCCGUCCGCGCUCCGCCGCGGGGCAGCGGCGCUCCGCAGCAGAUCCUCUGGCCGCCAUGGCAACCACCAGGAGUGCGAUGAGAGCGGUCCGAGUGUUUGAAUUUGGUGGCCCUGAAGUGCUUAAACUGCAGUCAGAUGUGUUAGUUCCUGUUCCAAAAGAAAACCAGGUAUUAAUUAAAGUCCAUGCCUGUGGGGUAAAUCCUGUUGAUACAUAUAUUCGUUCUGGGACUUAUGCCAGGAAACCAGCUUUACCCUACACUCCUGGCUCGGAUGUGGCUGGGGUGAUUGAAAGUGUUGGGGAACACGUGACGGCGUUCAAGAAAGGUGACAGAGUUUUCACCCUUGAAACACUUUCUGGAGGAUAUGCAGAGUAUGCAGUUGCUGCAGCCAACAGAGUCUUUCCUUUGCCAGACAAACUGGACUUCAGGCAGGGAGCAGCGAUCGGGGUGCCCUACUUCACUGCCUACCGGGCCCUUUUCCAGAAGCAGUGUGUGCUGCAAUCCCAGUGCCAACAUUUCCUGUGUUCUUCACUCAGAGGCUGUGCCAAAGCCGGGGAAAGCGUGCUGGUCCAUGGUGCUAGCGGCGGGGUGGGACUAGCAGCAUGUCAGAUUGCCAGAGCUUGUGGUUUGAAGGUUUUGGGUACAGCAGGAACUGAGGAGGGCAUGAAUGUGAUCCUGAGAAACGGUGCUCACCAAGCCUUUAAUCACAGAGACCCGAAUUACACUGAGAGAAUUAAGGCAUGCACAGGGCCGGGAGGAGUCGAUAUCAUCAUAGAAAUGCUCUCUAAUGUCAACCUGGAUGCUGACUUGCAGCUGCUGUCCUGCGCAGGGAGGGUCAUGGUUGUGGGCUGCAGGGGACGCAUCGAGAUAAACCCAAGAGACACAAUGAGCAAGGAGUCCAGCAUAAUUGGAGUGAGUCUGUUUCUUGCAACCGAGGAGGAAAGGCGUGAAUGUGCCACAGCAGUCCUUGAUGGCAUAGAAGCUGGCUGGCUGAAACCUGUUGUGGGCUUGGAAUAUCCCCUGGAGAAAGUAGCCAAGGCUCAUGAAGACAUUAUUUGUAGCAGUGGUGCCCGAGGGAAGAUGGUGCUCCUUCUGUAAAGGAGCACCUUUCCUCAUUUUUUUUGUAGCUGUUCUAGCUGCACCUUUGCUUACAUGGUUCACCGAAUGUAUGUUAUAAACACAGCUUUGAUCAUGUUUGACAGCAGCAGAAAAUGCUCACUUAGAUGAAUUAGUUAACAUUUUCCUUUUGUAAUGAGCACAGUUACAUUUACUGUAAAGUAAUUUUGGUAGCUGUUUUGAUUGAUGUGGAAAUAAUAAAUUUUCUCUGCUGGCACGCUUUGUGCUGCAGGGAAUGGUAGGGUUUGGUAUCAUGGACCAUGUGAGGGCAGAGUGAGGCCACUGCAGGUAACACAGAAUGAAGAUGCUUUUUACAGAUUCACAAAAAUAAAUAACUCACUGUGCGUGUUAAUUAGAACUGUAAAUUCUUUUAACCACAAAAUUUUUACUCAAAUUUCUCAAAUUCUGUCACAUAAUUUACUUGAAAUAAAAGCUUUUGCUGACAAAAUAGUUUACUUUCCAGGUCAAAAGAUGGGCAGAAUCUCUGAAACAUGAACUGUUUGGUGCCGAGGCAGUUCUACUUGUCUGUGCCUCUGAGGUGACAGUAUCCUGGCUCAUCCAUAGGGACUGUCACUCUGGAGCUGCAUGCUGGGAUUUGCCUCCUUGGAAAUGAUGAUCAUGGCCAAAGCAGCUGAUUCCUGGAUGGUGAAUGGCUGAUUGUGAGGAUUUCAGUUCUUCCUAUGAGCUUUAUUAAAGUCUCCUGGAUCCCUGGCUGCAUGGCUUGGUGGCACAGAGAGUUCCUGUGGAAUUCCUGAGCUCCAUCCACUGAAGUGGGCAGGGCACAGCCCCAGCACCAGGGCUUGUGUGCAGAUGUCUGUGUGGGGUCACUUUGUCAUGACAGCAGGGCCAUUUAAUUGUGUCUUGUUCUCAUACACCUUAAAUCCAUUGCACAACAGAUGGUGUUGCCAGGAAAGAUGGUGGGAUGCUUCUGGAGUUAAUGAUUUCAAUUUAGUGUUAGAGUGAGUGGUUUCAGAAAGCUGCUUGGGGAGAGAGGGGUGAGGCCAGCUCAGCAGUGGGAAUGUCUGCCAAGGUGCAGCGGGGCCCUUCUUCCCUCCAGGCUGCCCCAGGGCAGUGAAGCUGGUUUCCUUGUUUGUAGCACUUCCCACGGGAGUAGGGAGCUGUGUUUUUUUAUGUGAAGAUUCAAGUGAUUCACCUGGUGUAAGUGAUGUGUGUAGCCAGUGUCUCAGCUGAUUAUCCACGUGAGAGGUGCUGACUGUUCCUGUUGUCUGAGGCAGAAUGCAGCCUGAGCAGUGGUGUCAUGUUGGGAACCUGCUAUUCCUCUUGACAACUGUUAGAGAAAGUAAAGCACCUCUUGAUAUCAAAGUAUUAAACAGAGGUUAAGAGUAAUGACAGAUAUGAUUGUGGAGAUGAUGUGCAUAUAAAAGCAUAUACCUUUCCUCUAUAUUCCGUGUUCAAAUAUUAAAUUAUUUUUAAUUCGGUUGUAAUUUAGUAGGGGUCCAUGACAUGAAUGAGAGGCUGAUGGUUUGCAGUGGCUCCUUCCUUGCUUAGUGCUGCCACUGCAUCGUGGAUGGUGUUUAGAGGAGAAAUUGAGAGCAAGUCUCUGGUCUGUGCUCGUGGUUGUUGUCCCAAGGGCCAUUGGUGUAGUGGAGUUUGUCACCAGAAGGUGUCAGAGCCGUUCUGUGAUACCACAUUAUCGCUGCUCUCUGCCAGGUGACCUGGCAGAAUGGCACAGCAGGACUGGGGCUGACUUGUUGGGAAUAUCAUAUAAUGUUUAUUCUUCUGUCAGUUUCCAAGGUAUUGUAUAAAUGGAAGGAAUUUUUUUAAUUUUGGAAGAAGUAGUGUGACUAGAGCUAAUGAGGAAGGGCUCAGGUAUGUCUGAUUUGUGCAAGCUACCAAUCUAGAGAGUGCCAUCCUGGAGAGUCCUUGGUUUCGCUCUCUUUUUGGGACAUGCUGCCCCUUGGCAGUGCAGAAAAGGAUGAGGAAGAGAGUGGUGGCCACAGAUCACUGAAUUUGGUGGAAUAAGUCUCUCAGUUUGCUGAGAAUCUUGUGAUUUGACUGGAUGGGAUUUUGGAGGCAGUGGUUCCCAGUCGCAGCCUGCUUGGUGCUGCCAAAGGUGCUUGGAAGGGUUGAGCAGGCUCAGUUUGUGCUGACCUUGGCAUCUGCAGGAGAGGUCUGGGGUUCAACGUGGGGAGUUGUGUACACCACCAGGCUCUGGAAACUGCUGUUCUGUGUGUUUGUAAAGCAUAAAAGAGUGGAAUUGUUCUGAAAAGCAGCUGCUCUUGGUUAAUCUUAUUGUGCCCCAAAUAAAUGCUGCUUACAUUUUCUAGUCAUUAAAAGUGUAAUUGCCUCUCUA